CUUUUUUUGUUAGAAGAAAUAUAUGAAGUGAAUUGUUGGAUAUUUCUACAACAUGGCAUCUGCGGCUGAGUUACCACCGCCAGUUCGCGUUUCUCCAUUUAUUCGGGCUUGCAGGUAUGGAGCUUUAGGUACUGGAUUCAUUUAUGGUGUUUUACGAUACAAAUACUUGAGAAGAAAAGAAAACAAAAUAAGAGAAUAUGAACAGAAACAGAAGGCUAUUUUAGAUGCUAAAAAGGCAGAAGAAGCCAAAGCAAAAUCUAGAGAUGAAAUGAUAUACCUAGCUAAGGAAUGUGGUGUGCCAGUACCUGCUGGAUUUUGAUGUGUAGAAGAUUAAUGUAAUAGUUUGUGUAGUUUUAUGUACAAUAACAUCUAUAAAAAUAUGUAUUUCGUUCAACAAAAAUAAAUUUGUAUCUAGGAUUAA